AUGGUAGAUCAAGGUGAAAAACCUACAAUUGUUUCAUAUGGAGCAUUGCUUAGUGCCCUUGAGAAAGGGAAACUCUAUGAUGAGGCCCUCCAAGUAUGGGAACAUAUGCUUAAAGUGGGUGUUGUGCCAAACUUGUAUGCGUUUACAAUUAUGGCAUCAAUUUACGCUGGACAAGGAAGGUCUGAGAUGGUAGAUUCCAUCAUCCGAGAUAUGGUUUCAUCUGGUAUUGAACCAACUGUUGUUACUUUUAAUGUGAUUAUCAGUGGGUGUGCACGGAACAGCAUGGGAAGUAUUGCAUUUGAAUGGUUCCACCGGAUGAAAGUUUUGAAUUUCUCACCAAAUGAGAUAACAUAUGAAAUGCUGAUUGAGGCUCUCGCGAAAGAUGCUAAGCCAAAACUUGCAUAUGAGCUGUAUUUGAGGGCUAACAUCUCUCUGUUGACACUUCCAACAGUUGAAGCUAGAAUCCGCCAUUAUAAAUGGGAGGUUAAGUAUGAAUACAAGUCCCAGGAUUGCUACAAGAAGCUGGUGAUCGCAAUUAAUGGAAAAACUCCUGGGCCAUCCAUCAUUGCACAACAAGGUGAUACUGUCGUUGUGGAGCUUAAGAAUAGUUUGCUUACAGAGAACGUCGCAAUCCACUGGCAUGGAAUUCCACAGAUUGGAACUCCAUGGAGUGAUGGAACAGAAGGAGUCACUCAAGGAAGCUACUGA